AUGCAGCGAUUGGCGCAGAGACCUGCACGAUUUGUGCUUCUCGCGGCCACUCCUUUGGUCGCUGAACGGCAGCUGCCGAAACACAAGGACUUACCCAUCUAUCCAACCGAAUCGCCAAAGCCCGUUGUCGUAGAAAGUCCGACGCAACUCGAAGACGGCAUUCGACAGUCGCGAGAAGUGGUUACUGAAGGAUAUCGCGUCGGAAGAGCACAUGUUCAAAUGGUUGUUGACCGCUGGAUUGGCGUCGAACAUGCCGUAGAGUCUCGACUAAAAUCGCUCGCUCCUCCACCGGAAACUGAGCCUCUGUUCCCCGGUGCGCUAUGGGUUGGAAUUGCGGCUCUCUCCGGCUCAAUCGUCGCACAACAACUACGACCUACGCUUAUGCGACGCAUCAUUUAUCCACCCGUAUGGGGUCUCAUUGCCGCCAACUAUUUCCUUCCGCUGCAUACCGUCAAUGUCGGCAAGUACGUCUAUGAAUUGGAGGAACGAUAUGUUCCAAAUCUCGCAAAGGCCCAGUCUCGACUUGCCGAACGCAUGAUCGAAGCGUCUGCAAGCUCGCGAGAGUCAUUUGGUCGCUUCCAGACCCAAUUAGAUGUCCAAGUAGGCAAGACAAAGCAGUGGAUCCAGGCGAAUACGGGAUUGCAGAUUGCAGACAAAUCUCAGGAGGAGAAGAAGUGA